AUGGGAUUAAGUGCACAAAGAAGCUUUCUGCUAAUUUUAACGCUGUCUUCUUUAUUUGUCGAUGUAUCUGUCUCAAGAUCUUUUCCACCAGCCGUUGGAUUGGCGAUAGCAAGACAAAUCCCGUUGUGGCUUAGAUCCAUCAGAUCGAGUAAAUGGAUUUCCAGAAUCUGGAACAAACUGAAGUCAUUCAUCACGUUCAAGGAGCUAAAGCUUGGAGACAGAGAAGAGGUUUUGUCCUAUCUGAAAGAGUAUUUAAAUAUCUUCGGCUACUUAAACUCUACUUCACAGUCAAACUUCAGCGACUACUUCACACUCGAUUUCCAAUCCGCAAUAAUCACUUACCAGAAAAAUUUCAAUCUCAACGUCACGGGGAACUUCGACCGAAACACUAGCAACAUGAUAUCACAGCCACGAUGCGGUGUUCCCGACAUAAUCAACGACACCACCACGAUGAACUCGGGCGUGUCCAACACCACGACGUUUAAACCAUGGUGGAAAGAGGGAAAGAAGGAACUGAUCUACGCAGCUGACCCUGAGAACAACGUCACUAACGGCGUCAGGCUUCUGUUCCGAGAUGUCUUCGACCGGUGGUCGAAGGUCACGUCGUUGAAGUUCACGGAGACGACGUCGUUCAAUGGUUCGGACGUUAGGAUAGCGUUUGUGGCGUUCGAUGGAAGAGGUGGAACGGUGGGGGGUGCGGCCACGGACUAUAGUCUGGGCGUGGAGAGCGUGUAUUUGGACUCCGAAGAAGAGUGGGUGGUGCGUGGUGAGAGCGAUGAGGGUGACGUGGACUUGGAAUUUGUGAUGAUGCACGUGGUGGGUCACGUGCUAGUGUUAGGGCAUUCCUCUGUGGAAGAGGCCGUUAUGUACCCUGUGGUGUUGAAGGAGAAGAAGACGGAGUUGGUGUUCAAUGAUUUGCAGAGGAUUCACCAAAUAUAUGAUGUGACCUCUAAAUAA